AUGGCCCUCUGUGCCGCGACGAUGGCUCAGUUGCAUCUUGAUCCCUUGGUAGAUGGAUCUCUGACAGUGGAUAGCACCACAAUGGCCCAGGCUUGCCUACGGAUGCGGACAAGCUGCGAUAGCCAUGGGGCAAAUCUGGAUGUCAGAAGCGUUCUGGAGUCUUUCUUUUUGCAUGUGUACUACGCCAAAGUCAACCAGCGAAAUUCGGCAAUGAUGUUCAUCCAAGAGGCCAUGACAGGAGCUCGUCUUCUGCGAUUGAAUGAAGAGUUCUCAUAUGAAGAAGAUGAAUUGAUUGCAAACAAGGCCCUGGUAUUCCCGUUGCUUUGGGUAUCAGAGAGGUAG